UGACUCGGUCAGUCUAUUUCUCAUUAGUAUAAGCAACUGAAAAACUGUUCCUAAGUCUAAGUCUAAUUUGUAAGCAAACUCGCACGUUGAAAAUCAUAAAAUAGCAUUUUAAGUACAUUUACUUGUUUCUUUACAGCGUAUUCCCAACUAGUCGAAAUGGUUUGAACCUGGAGGUACUAGGGAAGACUUGUAAAGCGAAAUCAAGUCCGUGACAGCGGAGAAAGCUGACUUUUAUAAAAGUAACUACUGUACAGAGGGUGAAAUAGAAGCUGUACCAUGUCUUUGAAGCCGCGGGUGGUGGAUUUUGACGAGACAUGGAACAAGCUACUAACUACAAUCAAGGCUGUUGUGAUGCUCGACUACGUGGAAAGAGCCACGUGGAAUGAUAGAUUCUCUGAUAUUUAUGCCUUGUGCGUUGCAUACCCAGAGCCUUUGGGUGAACGAUUAUACACAGAAACCAAGGUUUUCCUCGAGAACCAUGUCAGGCAGUUGUACAAGAAAGUCCUGGAAUCAGAGGAAAAGGUUUUAGUUAUGUACCACAGGUACUGGGAAGAGUACAGCAAAGGAGCUGACUACAUGGACUGCUUGUACAGGUAUCUGAACACACAGUUUAUCAAGAAGAACAAGCUAACAGAAGCAGACCUGCAGUACGGCUAUGGGGGAGUGGACAUGAAUGAGCCGCUGAUGGAGAUCGGAGAGCUGGCUCUAGAUAUGUGGAAGAAGCUGAUGAUUGAACCCCUGCAGGCCGUCCUCAUCCGGAUGUUGUUGAAUGAAAUAAAAAAUGAUCGCUGCGGUGAAAACCCCAACCAGAAGGUAAUCCACGGGGUCAUCAACUCUUUUGUUCAUGUUGAACAGUACAAGAAGAAGUUUCCGCUAAAGUUUUAUCAAGAAAUCUUUGAAGGGCCUUUUCUGAUAAAAACAGGAGAGUAUUACAAACAGGAAGCCUCCAAUCUUCUCCAGGAAUCCAACUGCUCACAGUAUAUGGAGAAGGUCCUGGGCCGAUUGAAAGACGAAGAAGUCCGAUGUCGGAAGUACCUGCACCCCAGCUCCUACGCCAAAGUCAUUCAUGAAUGCCAGCAGAGGAUGGUGGCCGAUCACCUGCAGUUCCUACACGGGGAGUGCCAGAACAUCAUCCGGCAAGAGAAGAGAGACGACAUGGCCAACACGUACACCCUGUUGCGGGCCGUGUCAAACGGGUUGCCUCACAUGAUCCAGGAGCUGCAGGUCCACAUCCACAACGAGGGCAUCAGAGGCACCAGUAAUCUCUCUCAGGAAAAUAUGCCGACCCUUUUUGUGGAGUCCGUGCUUGAGGUUCACAGUAAAUUUGUUCAGCUCAUUAACACAGUCCUCAACGGAGAUCAACACUUCAUGAGCGCGCUUGAUAAGGCUUUGACGUCUGUGGUGAACUUUAGGGAGCCGAAGUCCAUCUGCAAAGCCCCAGAACUUCUGGCAAAAUACUGCGACAAUCUGCUGAAGAAAUCUGCAAAGGGGAUGACGGAAAACGAGGUGGAGGACAAGCUGACCAGUUUCAUCACAGUGUUCAAGUACAUAGACGACAAAGACAUCUUUCAAAAGUUUUAUGCCAGAAUGUUAGCAAAGCGGUUAAUACACGGUUUAUCAUUGUCAAUGGAUUCAGAAGAAGCUAUGAUCAACAAACUAAAGCAAGCUUGUGGCUACGAGUUCACCAGCAAACUUCACAGAAUGUACACAGACAUGAGCGUGAGCGCCGACCUCAACAACAAGUUCAACAAUUUUAUCAAGACGCAGGAGACGGUGGUGGACCUGGGGAUCAGUUUCCAGAUCUACGUAUUACAGGCCGGCGCUUGGCCUCUCACACACGUCCCCUCGUCAACAUUCGCCAUCCCUCAAGAACUAGAGAAGAGCGUUCAGAUGUUUGAAUUGUUCUAUAAUCAGCACUUCAGUGGGAGGAAGUUGACUUGGCUGCACUAUCUCUGCACAGGCGAAGUCAAAAUGAACUACUUGUCCAAACCCUACGUUGCCAUGGUAACCACAUACCAGAUGGCUGUGCUUCUGGCCUUCAACAACAGCCAGACGGUAACGUACAAGGAGCUGCAGGACGGCACCCAGAUGAACGAGAAGGAGCUGCAGAAGACCAUCAAGUCCCUGAUGGACGUCAAGAUGCUAAACCACGACUUGCAGAAGGAGGAGAUUGAAACAGAGUCGACGUUUUCACUAAAUAUGAGUUUCACCAGUAAACGAACAAAGUUCAAGAUUACGACGUCGAUGCAGAAAGACACGCCGCAGGAGAUGGAGCAGACGAGAAGCGCCGUUGACGAGGACCGCAAAAUGUAUUUACAAGCUGCUAUAGUGAGGAUCAUGAAAGCGCGGAAGGUCCUCCGACACAACGCCCUCAUCCAGGAGGUAAUCAAUCAGUCCAAAGCCAGGUUCAACCCCAGUAUCAGCAUGAUCAAGAAGUGCAUCGAGGUGCUCAUCGACAAACAGUACAUCGAGCGGAGUCAGACGUCGGCCGACGAGUACAGCUACGUCGCGUAGGCCCCGGGAGUCGACGACGAAGGGAGCAUCUCCAAACAGAGACUCACCUAUGAGACAGGUUUCAAAUUAUGAACAAAAACCACAGCAACAGACUCAUUCAUCUAAUUUAGAAUUUUGAACUGCAGGCUGUCUGCGACGAUCAAAAGCAGGACUUUGUGCCUCCAUCUCCAAAAAAAAAAAAAAAAGAAAAAAAAAAAAAAGAUGACAUCAUGUCAGCGCCAGACAGCCGGCUCACACCACCACUCUGAUAGGCCCCUUUCCUGCCCUCGCCCAUUCGAACCUUUCCCACUUUCUGGUUUUUAAACUGUUUACAGCAUCACCAGUGCCACGCACCUGUGCGUCCAACGUCAAAAAGAACAUGCCUCUCUAGCUGUUGGAAAAGAAAGAUCAGACGAGCCUAUUUGUUGAAAGAGUACAGAGGGGGACAAAAAGACAUAUUGAUGGCGACAUAUUAAACAUGCUUUCUUUUCUCACGUUUGCAGUUGUGUGUUUUUUUUUUUCUUUCUUUGUUAAAUGUACUGAACUUAGGAAAAAAAUAUUGUAAUAAAACUGGUAUACUGACUAUUGUUAUCUUUCACAUGUAAAGAGAAAUGAGUGACAAACAUGACAGCUGCUUGUCAAAUAAAUAAAUAAAAACACUGAAAGCUUUUAUGUAAAUACCUGUGAUAUGUCCAUUAGAGAAUUCUCACAGAAUGUGGUUGACGAGUCUAUGCUGCUGUGCUAAAAUUAAAUUCUUGCGUAGUUUUUGU